AUGAAAAGAAGAAACUGCUCUGCCACAUCCCUUCUCCUGCUACUCCUGCUUCUACUUGGGGGCUCAGAAUUGUGUGGGUGAAUUAACUUUGAAGAAGAUGCAAAGGCUCCUGGGCCUGCAGAAACAGGGGUUGGGAUCCGUGGAGAAAAAAGAUCCUGGGACUCAGGCAGGGCCAGUCGUGAGCAAAGCUAUGGAAUAAGAACAAGCCAAAAUGUUUCUACUAAGGACCCAGUGGGUAGCCCUGAUGACUCACAGACAAAAGAAAAAUAUACCAGUGAUGACCUGAGGACCAUUGAGGACUACACUACUGAACACAUGGUGACCCCUGAGGACUACACCUCUGUAGAUGUAGGGGCCACCCAGGACUCUACCACUAUAGAUCUGGGGAUCACCAAGGACCCUACCACUAUUCAGAGACCACCGAGGACUCUACCAUUAGACCUAGGGACCACUGAUUACUAUACCACUAUAGAUCCAGGGACCACUGAGAACUAUGGCACUGUAGAUCCAGAGACCACAGAGAACUACACCACUACAGGUCCAGGGACCACUGACUGCAGACCAAGGACCACCAAGGACUAUAGCACUGUAGAUCUGGGGACCACAGAUGACUAUUUCACUGAAGACCUGAGGGUCACCAAGUGCUAUUUCACUACAGACCUGGGGUCCACCAAGGAGUACUUCACUGCAGACCCAGGGACCACAGAGGAGUAUAUCACUGAUGACCUGGCGACCAGUGAGGAUCAUGUCAUUGAGGGCCCGGGCAUCACCGAAGAUUACACCACUAAACACCUGGAUAUACCUGAGGACUACAUUUCUUCAGGCCUGGGAGCAGCAAGCUCUACACCACUAAACAUCCAGACACUCAUCCUGAGGGAACAGAUUCAGUAA